UGAACCAGGGAGUUGAGACAAUCACUUAAGGAAGAAACCAAUUUGGCCUUCCUCGUUUUAAGGUCAUUUUCCACCACGUCACAUCCUUCUGGAUGAAGGCAGCAGGGGCCAGGGCAGGAAAUGGCAAUUCUCAGAAUGAGACAAGGCUUUCCCAGGGCAGUCAUUGGUUCUCUGGAAGUAUAAAGGAUGCUCAUCCAGAAACAGCCUCAGAUUUUUCUUUCCUGGAGACAGCCAGAGGUGAAUGGACAUGGAGGGACCUGCCGCCUGGGAGCUGCAGGGCGCCGAAGCGCUGCGGCGUUUCCACGGGCUGCUGCUGGACCGCCGCGGCCGGCUGCACGGCCAGCUGCUGCGCCUGCGCGAGGUGGCCCGGAGCCUGAAGCGCCUGCGCAGGCGCUCCCUGGCGGCUAACGUGGCUGGCAGCUCGCUGAGCGCUGCAGGGGCUGUCACCGCCAUCGUGGGGCUCUCGCUCAGCCCGGUCACCAUGGGGGUCUCGCUCAUGGCGUCGGCCGUAGGUCUGGGGGUGGCCACCGCCGGAGGGGCCGUCACCAUCACAUCUGACCUCUCCCUGAUCUUCUGCAACUCCCGGGAGGUGCGGAGGGUGCAGGAGAUAGCGGCCACCUGCCAGGACCAGAUGCGCGAGAUCCUGAGCUGCCUGGAGUUCUUCUGCCGCUGGCAGGGCUGUGGGGACCGCCAGCUGCUGCAGUGCGGAAGGAACGCCUCCAUCGCCUUGUACAACUCCGUCUACUUCAUCGUUUUCUUCGGCUCACGUGGCUUCCUCAUCCCUAGGCGGGCCGAGGGGGCCACCAAGGUUAGCCAGGCCGUGCUGAAGGCCAAGAUUCAGAAACUGGCGGAGAGCCUGGAGUCCUGCACGGGGGCUCUGGACGAAUUGAGUGAGCAGCUGGAGUCCAGGGUCCAGUUCUGCACGAAGUCCAGACGUGGCCACGACCUCAAAAUCUCUGCUGACCAGCCCUCAGCGCUGUUUUUCUGAGAACAUCCGUCUUCCUAAUGACCGAGGCCAGAAACCAUCCCUGUGGGAUGCUCCAGAUUUGUAGCUCCCCCAGGAAAACACGAAGCUGCGUUAGGAGCUGAAUGCAAAGGAUGAGAAAAAACUGUUCUUGAAGUAGAGGGUCCUCACAGCCCUUCUUUUCCCAUCACUGUGACAUUCUGCUGGGGUUGAGUGUUUUCUUGCCUGAUCCUAGUGGAUAUGUGACCUGAAAACUAUUUUUCCUUAAUCAAAACCGUUCAGUCUUCACUUCACUAGGCACUCCUGUUUUAAGUGGUUUGAGCUGAGGCUGGAGAGGGUGAGACAUGGCCAUCCUUUGGGUCCUCUGCAAGCCCUACUAGGCUUGGAGGUCCUCAGAAUGCCGGUGUGAAGAGACAUAAGCUUUAAAACCUGUCUUCCAGAGUUUCUGAGUACAAAGACCUCCGGACUCCAGAGCAAAGUGACCCUCUCUGAACAGUGUGUUGGGGUUCAGGACUCAAGAGAGGCCCCUUCCUCUGACAUGCAGUCCUCUCCCCUCUCAGCUUAUCCACUCACAGAUCCAGCCUGGGGAUGGAGUGGACCUUCCUGGAUAGCUUCAUAUCCAGACUCUGAAAAGGGGAACCAGCCAGUCAUCUAAGUGCUGCCUCUGGCAGGAAGAAGCUGAGGCCAAGGAAAAUAAAGUGAUUAACAGCUUCAUUUACUGACAUCAUAGUGUAGAGAAGAGAGCAAUGGCUUUGAGUUAGACAGUUCUGGGUUUAUUACAGACUGUCACUACUGUGUGAUCUUGGCCAUCCAGUCUCUCUGAGACUUGUCUUCCUGGUCAGUAAAAGAGAGAUGCUAAAAACUUACUCUGAGUAUUAAGUGAGAUAAGGUGCCUAGUGCAAUGUCUGGCCCCUGGUCUGGCAGCAUUAGCAUCACUGGGGACUUGUUUGAGAGGCAAAUUCUUAGACUCAACCCCUGACUUAUUGAAGCAGAAAUCUGGAGGUGGAGCCCAGCAAUUAUAUUUAAACAAGCCCUCAGGGUGAUUCUGAUGUCUACUAAACUUUGAAAACCACUGCAACAGAUGUUAGUUCCUGAUCCCCUCGAUGAACUUUCAUGAAGUCUAAUGCUCUCUCUAGGAGCUCCAUGGUCUUCAGAGUCAUUCACUGUAGAUCAAGGACAGUCUAUGUCCCAGUGUAUUCUGGGGCACCUUCCCAUCAUGUUCACUAAGGAAUGUAACAUAUUAGGCCCUUUAGAGGGCAGUGUUGUCCACUCAUUGUAGAAACUGGUACAGAAAGGAAUGUGAAUUUAUUGGAAACUGACCUUUAUUACCUUCUCUGAAA